AUGCCCCCUCCACCCCCUCGGCGAUACAGGCUUACUGUAAUACUAGACAAGCAUGUACUCACGCUCAAUGCUCAGAACACACUUGUGAUAGCCCGCAAGGUGAAUGGAACGGCAAAUGUCGCAUUCGCAGUUGGCUAUUUGCAACCAGAGCAUGGGAAACCACAAUUGUUACACAGCACAUCUUUCGAAUGGGAAGAUAAAUAUCGGGUUUUUUUACUAUCACUCCCUGAAGGUCUAGCAUCUUUGGGCAAAUCGAGUGCGACAACAAACGCUGUGGAUAUAUCAUUUGGAGAAAUUACUGAGUACAAGGACGGCACGCUCCUCGAGGCGCACAAGGCUGAUACAACAUAUUGGGCUACAGAUGGGAAAAAGUCUUUUGCAAUCUAUAAUAGUCCACAGACAUUCCAUUUGGGUGUACAACAACUUACUACCAAGAAUCAUUUUACCCCAAUAUUUGUCGAUCCGUUUACCGCUAGUCUUAAUGGAACAACAGAAGUUACUUUAAAUGAUGAAUACCUCUUAUACUGGGGCUCUCAGACGGUAGUGGGGCAGUCUGUACAGGUAGAAGAGAGCGUGUCAUUUCCUGUAGUCUUCGAACCUGGAGUUCAUGAUAGGAUCGUACGAUUUGGUUACAAAGAGCCCGACCAGCCGAAGGAUGCUAGUGAAAGCUUUAGUUGGUAUAAUGGCGCUGGUACACCAGACGAACCUACCUUUAUACUCUCGAAGAUCUAA